AUGCCGUCCGCCACAGCCAGGCGACACUACGAGGAUCAGAUACCCUCGUUCAUGUCCAUAUUCGAUCCCGACGCAGACGGCAAUAUCGAUGCUAGGGGGUUGGUGACUAUGGUCGAUACCAAGAUGAUGGGGAUGGAGCCGUCGUGUGCUCCGGCACAACUCCCAAAUGGACAUGGGUUAUCGCCGCAGCACGCGUUGCGAUCUCUACCUGGAGAUCCUGCGCAUCGCCACCACGAUAGCACCUCGACACACAAUUCGGAAUCCGCCGAUUCCUCUCCCACAACCACCCUAACCACGGACACCUCGUCGCUGUCAGACCCUUCCCCGUCAUCUUCUCCAGAUUCGCCCGUUAACUUGAUACCCCUAAAUUCUUUUCCGGCCACCACUUUUGGAGGCCUACCUUCGACGAUGAACAAUCUCACCGUAAACGAUUCCGCCAUCCGGGAGCGCCCCAUGACGUCGCCUUCCCCGAGGAGGGCGAGAAACAUGAAGGGCUUAUCGAUACAACCGCCGUUUGCUACUUCGUUAUCGACGAGUCUGAUCUCGGAGCCUUCGUCGCCUUCUUUCAUCAAACCUAAGAUUCCAGCGAUGAAGCGGAAACCUAGCCAGCUGAGUCUCAAGACCGAUUCAACGGGUUUAAACAUACGCCCAGCCAUUCUCGAGGUCCCAUGCUCACCUGCUCUGCCACCGAUCUUACAGCGACGAUCUCUGAAGCACUCGACUUCGUCCCCACACAUGCUUUCGGGAUUGAAAUCCGCAACGUUCGGCCCGGCUGGCGGCAUGACUUUCCCUACGGUUCUUGAGCGUGGUACUUCGGGUCUGUCGGAGUUAUUACGCCCAUCGAAGCAUGGAAACAAUGGCAUGGGCUUCGAUACCACGAUUUUGGAGGAGGACUCGCCCAUAAAAACCCAGCUUGCCAAUCGCGCUGCGAUGGAUUUCGAGCCCUUUAUUGAACCUGAGAAUAACGAAGACCAGAAAUCGCCGGGGUAUCCCGAUGGGCCUAUCGCGAUCUAUGGGGACAACGUGUACCUCUACCUGGAGCCUACCGCGGAGGAAGCCUCCAAAUUCGAUGUGGUAAUCAACGUUGCGCGCGAGGUACAUAACCCGUUUGAGGCGACAACCAAGGAGAAGAGCCCAGCGGGUACCAAUAUCGUUCAAGGUUCGUCACCGAUACCAGAUACUGCCAUGACAAAUGACAGCUUUGCGACGGCCUUCGAAUUUCCACUUUCGGACGGCAACCGGAUGGAGACUCCGACAACGCCGAAGCCAAACCCUAUAUCGGAACCCGAGUAUAUUCACAUGCCGUGGGACCACAAUACCAAUAUCGCGACGGACCUGAUGAUGCUUUGCGAGACAAUAGAGAACCGAACCAAGGAUGGGAAAAAGGUGCUCGUCCAUUGCCAGCAGGGUGCGAGCCGCUCAGCUAGUUUGAUCAUCGCAUACGGUCUCUACCAAAACCCCGGCUUGACUGUGAACGACGCCUAUUACGCUGCUCAAGCGAAGAGCAGAUGGGUCAGCCCAAACAUGCGAUUGAUGUAUUGCCUACAGGACUUCCAGAAAGAGGUGACGAAGAGAAAGAUGCCCCUUCGAUCCGCCGUAGGUCCCCGAAGCGGAAGAAGUCCUACCAAGCAUCAUCGUCUUACCCUUUCCGCAAACGCCAUCGAAAUCCAACCCAAAGAGCCGCUGACGGCGCCGUUGCCCGAUGAGAAACAGGGGGCUACUCACAGCUCUAGUCCGGACCGCGGGCCAAGCCAUUUUCGUGGGAAGUCUACUCCAAACUUGGAGUCUAUAUCGCCCGGGCCGUCGUCUGCCCCCUCGACCUUCUCCUGGUCUGAAAAGGAGGAUGAGAAGGACCCGGGAAAGCCCGGACGCUUCAAUUUUGGCGAUUCACUCGAGCCGCCCAGGUUCUUCGAGCCGCUACCGGAACCACAAUCAGGCCACACCGCGUUACGUCCUCCCCCCUCGCCGGGAUUUUUCCAACCGUGUCUAUCGCCAUCGUUCAGGCCUCCGCCGUCUCCAGGCUUUGCCCCUAAACAUUUCGUUGAGGGGCACCAGAGCCUAGGCUUCUCUAGUAUGGAUCUCAGGACGGGCGGCUCUUUCUUAGAAAGGCGCAAGGGAGUAGAAGCAGAGAGGGAAUUGGCAAUGGCGCCCGCUUUGCCAGAUGACGACGCUCUUAUGUCGCCAAGGGCUGAGACCAUGACUAACAAUCCGCUGCGCGAUUCGUACUCGGAAUUGGCUGGCAUGAAGUUUGUCGAGGUGCCACCGACGCCCAGCGAGGGGUUGUUUUCUCCGCGACAGACCAUGUUCCCGAGAGACCCGUUUUAUCCGUUCGGGCGGCCCCCUCAUAUGGCCGACCCGAGGAGCCCUCCAACCAAGGGAGAGACCCCCAUCGUCCGAUCAAUUGAUGACGUGUUAUGA